UUGGACAGUUUAUUAAAUUAUUUUGAUUAACAAUAACAGUCACUUGAUAUUUUUCCAUCUGAAUGUUCAAUAAAUUCAUGUUAUUGGUCGCGGAUACUACUCAAUCAAUUUAUCGAGAAUAGAUGAAGAAUAAUGAGCUCACGUCGCUGUUAUCGUUGACAAAAUUUUCAAACUGAAAUAAAAAAUCACAUAAUUAAUUGGAAAAGAUUAAGUUAUCUAAAAACACUCAGACCCUUCGGACGAAAACCCACAACUAGUAUAAGAUUAGACUAACAGAUUAUUUCAUGUCAUUAUGUUUUCAAUCUAUCAAAUUUUAAAUUAUACCGAUCAGUUAGAUUACAAUCGAAAGUCAGACGAAUUCACAUCACUAGAGUGAGACCACGUGGAUUGCGACGCGGUUGGUCGGCAUUGCAUAACACUCGAACAUGUUCCUACGAUUCUUACGACGAGAGUAAACAGAAUUCAUCGCCUCCGGGAUUACCCGGUGGGCCCAAACUGUCGCGGACUUCCUCACGCACAGGUGUACCUGUUCAUGUCCGAAAAUUGUUUAAAAAAUCCACCUACCACCGUUAGAAUUUGCAUCAGAAAUUUCUUUGUGGUUCGUCGAUACGAGGAAACUCCGGGAGGAACUGAAAUUAAUGAUUAUUCUGAUUGAACAGUUCCUCGGAAUAAUUUCAGCAAAUUUUUUUGAGAAAAACACUGCUCAGGUGUUAUACCAUCGCUUUCAUAAUCAUCGGCACGACUCGACAGUUCGAAUAUUCACGGGAAAAGCAUUAUGUAAAUCGUAGAAUGUUUAAAGAUAUUGAACUCUCGGACGUUAUUUCGUCAGUGGGGUAUGAGUGUCAUAUGCCAGAAUCCUGGGAAUUUCCACUGACGUACGGCAGUAAUUAAUUACCAAAACAUGAUGUCUCGCUAUUGAGAGAGACAUUUCUAUUGAAUCCCAGCCUUUGUGUCUGUUCAGGUAUUUCACGCACCUCUCGUAGACAUUUUUCAAGACAUAAAGACCUCCAAAAUAAUUUUAAAAAUCGCCUGCAGUUCUAAACAAAAUCAGACAUUAAUUUCUGGGGACAAGACAAUAUGUCCGGAAAAUUACCGUGAAAAGGUCCCUGAAAAAUUCUUUCUUCGCUAAAGGAUUGACCCAGUAAUGUCAGACCUCAAUUUCGCAAUUAAUUAGUCAUAAAAUGACACCUAGAUUCCUCUCGGAGUCGAGAAUUCUGCCAUUGACCUACAAACCAGUUCACUAUUAAUAUAUUCCCAACAAUCUGGAGCGGAAUAAAAAAAAUGUCUCCAGGGUACAAGUGGAGAUGAAAACUCCGGCAAAAAAUCACUCGCAUGGAGAUAAUUCUAAAUUUAAUGCUUCGAUGAAGUGGUAUUGAGUGACCUGAGCUGUGAAAUUCCAUUGGAAAAAUUGUUACAAGGAUGCUCAGGGUUCACGCCCCAGAAUCUCAGGUCUCGUCUUCAUUGGAAGAAGAAAAAUAUAAAUAACAAACGGGUCUUGAUUAGCAAUCGUUCCGUCAUUCUCGAUAUUACCACUCACUCGGCAAAAUCCUUCUUCACUCCACGUCCACUUGCACAAUCCCGUCGCUGCAGCAGAUCUCGCGUGGCUCGAAAUAUAUUUUCAAGUGCUUCCUGAUGCUCCCGGAUAUGGAGAGACUGUUUGUGAUCGUUUGUGCACUUGGGGCUGUGAGAUCGGUCCUGAUGGAGCGAUCUGUUGCCGCUGAGGAUUACAACCAUAAUUAUAUCAGUUUGAAUUAUCUACAGAGGGGAGUACAAGAUAACAGAAUUGACGAAAUUCCCCUGCACAGGCCCUACGAUCGUAAAACCGAACGAGAAGCUGAGUACGAAAUCUACAGAUUGUUAUCAAUCGCACAAGGACCAGCUGAUAUGGUAAAAUUGGAUGCUCUGGGGGAUCGUCUGAUAUCGCAUGCGAAUGUGACGGAAGAGGCACGAAGAGUUGUGAGACAGGUGAAGAAGCAGCGACCGGGAUUCUUCUGGUCGCUCUUUCGGAUCGCCUUCGAGAAUUUAAGUGACACCGUGUCAACAGUGCAGGAGAUUAUUCAGUCCAUUAAUAGGGGUAUCAACCCCACGACGACGACGUCUAGAACCCCGACGACCACUGGGCCGAGCAACGCCAGCACGACGACCCCCGAACCUCCAUUCGCCCUCACUGCGGAGGGCGUUGCCACCAUCAUUAGGAGGAAUUUCAAAGGACUUGUUAGACUGUUUAAUAUUGAGUGGAAAGAUGCCAUUGAUGGAUCAAAAGUCAGUAUUCGUGAAUUCAAGAAGGACCUGGGGAAGAGCAUAGCGACAUCCCUCGCAGACAACCCGAAGGCUUACGUUUAGCAAAUAAGUUCCUUCGAUAACUCCUGUAAAUAUUCAGUGAUAUAAAUUUUCAAUUUGUACAGAG